GUUUGUGAAAUUCAUACGUCGGAUUAUGAGUUUCAGUUCCAGUCCUGUGAUUCCAUACCAAAGAUGAACUUCACUAUUCGCACUUCAGCUAAAGCAGACUGCAAAGACAUAUGGAGACUGAUAAAGGACUUGGCAAUUUAUGAAAACGUGGUCGACGAGGUGGUACUGUCUUAUGAAGAAUUUGAGCGGGAUGGUUUCGGCAAAAAACCCUUGUUUGAAUCCCUGGUUGCAGAAGUACCUGAGGAGAAUAAAUCUAAAGAAGGAUUCACAGUUGUUGGUGUCGCACUUUACUAUUACACAUAUUGCACAUGGAAUGGACGGGCAGUGUUUUUGGAGGAUUUGUAUGUGAUGCCAGAAUUCAGAGGUUUUGGCAUUGGAACAGGCUUACUGAGCACACUUGCUAAGGUGGUGACAGAGAAGUCGUGUAAUUUGAUGGAGGUAAAUGUGAUGGGCCAGAACAGUCGAUCAAGAGGCUUCUAUGCUGCUGCAGGAGCUCGGGAUGUUACUGUCAUGGAUAACUGGCAUACACUACGUUUUGAUGCAAAAAGCCUCAAUAAAUUAGCCAACAAAUCUCCUUAAAGUUUAAAUUGGCAGUGAAAUCAGAAAUGCUGGAAAGGAAAUAUAAAGUUCCACAAAUAAAACUUGAAAUCCAUUCCACUAUUGUUGAAUUUGAAGCCAAUAUAAAAUGUAUGCUAUGUUAAUGUGUGAGCUGUUUGAGUCAUUGUCAUCAUACGCCUUCAUGUUGACGGAAAUGCAAGAGUAACUCAAAUAAGUGAGUCUCUUCCAGCCAAAGUAUACAAAAGAGUAGGUGUGGCAAGAUUAAAACAUGACAAUAUUUGCCGUUCACAAAAAUGUUUUGUGAGCAGCAGGCCUGGGACGACAAUAAAUUAAUUAAUCACACAAUAAAUGAAAAUUAACUUGAUAAUUUUGUGCCUGUGUGUCUGUUUUCUUGUCGCUAGCCU